GGUUAGAACUUGUGCAAAAUUCAAAGACAAAGAAUAGCUAUUUUUGGAAAAACAACAGACAUAGAGCGACUCGAUAAGUGGUGACCAACGGAGGCUAGCCGGGUGAUAAGCCGAUUCGCUGGAGUAGCAACAGAUGGUACGACGAGCACCUGAGAUACACCCGCUGAUCCAUGACCCCGGCGAUUGGCAGAUGCGUCACAGAUAUGACACUCCUCCAUUUGAGAUUUCUUGGGCUAUAAAAGCGGCCCCUUGGCCAUCGACAAGGCAACAGUCUUUAGGCAUUGGAUCCACUAAGUGCAUCCGAUCCGGAGCAGGUUGAGUAGUUGAGAGUUUCAAGACGGAAGGAGUCACCCUAAGCAUGAAGGUUGCUAUCGCAUUUCUGGCCUGUGUGGGUCUGGUUGCGGCCAUUGGCUUCCACCAGACACCCAAACUGAAGAUCGCCGACAAAGCCUUCUUGGAGAAGCAGAAGUUCCUCUUCGAGAUGGUCUACCGUGUGGAGGAUCCAUUGGCUUUCGAGGAGUACAUCAAGAUUGGCGAGAAGUUCUACUUCGAGAAGGAGCACUACACGCACUUUGACUUGUACAUGGAGAAAUUCUACGACGCCUACAUGGCACAUGCCCUUCUGCCCAAGGGUGAGUUCUUCGGAGCAUUGGUGAAAUACCAUGCCAAGCAGGCACGUGGACUCUUCAACUUCUUCUACUACGCCAAGGAUUGGGAGACCUUCAUGACCAACGUGGCCUGGGCACGCAUGCACGUCAACGAGGGCAUGUUCGUCUAUGCUCUGACUUUGGCCGUGAUCCAUCGCGAUGAUUUCCACGGUCUAAUGCUGCCCGCCAUCCAUGAGAUCUUCCCGCAGUUCUUCUUCAACAGCAAAUUCGUAUUCGAGGCCGAGAAGUUCGAUUACGAGAUGUGGAUGAAGACCAGCAUGUACGAAAAGGAGUACCUGGAUGUGUACCACCACAAGACCCCAGCUCAUGGAUACGAACAUGGCUAUGGAAACAUGUACCAGUCCAGCGACUACAUGUACAUGAAGGACUUCAAGAUGUGGCAGUGGUGGAAACUGAUGGGUCUGGGCGAGCACUGGUACAGCGAGGACAAGUACAUUCUCCGUGAGAACAUCUACCAAUUCAACCACGAAAGCAAGUGGCUCACCAUGAUGAAGGACGUCAAGAAAUUCUACAUGCCAGUGGACUACAGCCGCGAUCUCUAUCUCUACAACGAAGAGUCCAAGAUGUCCUACUUUACCGAGGAUUUGGGAUGGAACAGCUACUGGUACUACCUGAACAUGGAUUACUCGUUCUUCUUGGACGGCAAGACCUUCGGCUUGAGCAAUGAUCGUCGUGGCGAAUGGUGGUUGUACAAUGUCCACCAACUGCUCAGCAGGUACCACAUGGAGCGUCUGUCUCACGGACUCGGCGAGAUCCCCGAAUUCUCUUGGUAUCACCAGAUCGAGAUGGGCUAUGAUCCUCAGAUGAUCUACUACAACGGCGUUGGCUUCAGCUACCGCAAGAACUACUACGAGAUGGAGACAUACGGCAACUUCGAGAUGCUGGACAAGAUCACCGGCUUCCAGAAGCGUAUCUACAACAUCAUCGAGUUGGGCUACUACCAGACUGCCGAUGGCCAUAUGAUUGAUCUGCGCAAACCGGAAUCCAUUGAAUUCAUUGGCAACAUGAUGCAGGGCAAUAUCGAUACCAUGGACAACAUGUUCUUCCAGUUCUGGUACAUGCUGGCCCAUAUGUACUUCGCUGACGCCGAUUUCCACCAGAUGGAGGUUUAUCCCAAUGUGAUGCUCAACUUCGAGACCAUGAUGCGUGAUCCUAUGUUCUACAUGUUCUACAAGUCGAUCGCCCAGGUCUACUUCCAGUUCAUGCACCACCUGCCCAAGUACACCAAGGAGCAAUUGCUGAUGCCGGGUGUGACCCUGAAACAUGUAGAGGUCAGCGAGUUGACCACCUACUUCGAUCUGGUUGACUUCGAUGUGACCAACAUGCUCAACGACAAGAUGGUCUUCCACGAUGGUCAGUUCGUGUGGGACAAGUCCUUGUACGCCCGCCAGAUGAGGCUGAACCACAAGCCCUUCAGCUACACCUACACCAUUGAUUCGGUCAAGGAUGAGAGGGUUGUGAUCCGUGCCUUCCUGGGACCCAAAUUCGAUGAGUUCGGCAGGACAAUUUCGUUGACCGAUAACCGCAUGAACUUCAUGGAGAUCGAUGAGUUCUCCUACGAACUGAAGGCCGGCAGCAACAUGAUCCUCCGCAAAUCCAACGACUUCUACUGGACCGUCAAGGAUCGUACCACCUACACCGAGCUUUACUACUACACCAUGAUGGCCUUUGAUGGCAAGUACAACUUCCCCAUGGACAUCUCCGAGCCUCACUGCGGAUUCCCCGAUCGCCUUGUCUUGCCCAUGGGCUGGAAGAAGGGUAUGCCCAUGCAGAUGUUCUUCAUGGUUGUCCCAUACAUGGCCCCCAAGCACGAGCAGUUCUCUACCUUCGAUUACACCUACUCCUGUGGCAUUGGAUCUGGCGCCCGUUUCGUUGACAGCAUGCCAUUCGGUUAUCCCUUCGAUCGCGAGAUCGAUGAGUACGAAUUCUUCGUGCCCAACAUGUACUUCAAGGAUGUGAUGAUCUACCAUGCCGACACCAUGGAGAAGUACUACACAUACAAGGGUUACUCUCAAUACGGUCACUUCGAUUACUCCUUCUUCAGCGACUACUACACCAAGUACUUCAUGUUGUAGAUUGCAGCUUGAAUUCAUCUUUCCCAUUUCUAUUUUGACCACAUGAUGAACCUCUUUGGGCGGAUUUGCUCAGGAUCAUAGUUUGUAAGCAGAGCAAAAAGUGAAAUAAACUUUCGAAAAUCCAAA